AUGCCUCAACCUCAAGCUUCGGCACCUGCUUGGAGUGGAGACGUGAACAAGUUUGGUACUGCGCUAGCUUCAGGCCAAUACAAGGCAGCAUACCGUAUUGAAGAUGAAGUCGACUGGGACGACGACGAAGCUUUCGACGUGCCAGGUCCUGAUCCGGCAUUGAAAGCGUCCAACGCCCAUGGUUACGAAGCCCAGCAGACAACGUAUGGAAGUGCAUCACGCAACCAUAACGCACGAGGUCCUGAGCCCCCGGCAGCUUUCGGGCGGGAACAGCACGAUCCGAGGAAUGCAAGGUGGGAAGAAAACCAUGGAUGGUCGCAGCCGAAGCAGAAUUGGCCUAUGAACAAUGAGGAACAAAUUCCGAGAGCAGUAUUCAAACAGCGCAAGAAGGGCAAACAGGGCAUGGGAGCUCCUCAACGCCAGUAUAUCCCGGACCACAAUGCCGUCCAAGACAACAUCUCCCAGCGAUCGUUCGCGGAAGGUAUUGCUAUUCACUCCACGGUUCCAGUGUCGGUGGCCAUACAUGUUCCGGAAACUGCAUUCGACCUGCGCAAGUAUGAGGCGGAUAUCACUAAGCUACACAAGAGCCUUCCCAAAAAUCGGGCCUAUCGAUUCUUCAACGGAAAGACGGCGCCGUACCAGUAUGGAUCGACGUCGGUCCACGACCUGGGACUAUGCUAUGUGACAUUCUGCACAGAUGGUUGGUGCGAGAUGGGUGCAAAGUGUGCUUGGCGCCAUCAUCCUUUGACCAAAGCUGAACGCGAGUGGAUAGCGCUGAAAGGAACGGAAAAGUCCAGGGCAUUCUUGGAGGCUUUGCCGCGGCACUGGGCCAGCCCUGAGGUGCCGCUUCCGGGUGCGAACAUGGAAGAGAAGAGGUUUCAAUGA